UUGGAGUUACCAAACGCCCCCUAACACUCGACUUUUAAGACCCCUUUCCCAUUCCUAGGGUUUUCCAGUUCUUUUUCUCUUCUGUGAUCAAUCUCCGAGUUGCUUUCGCUCCGUCCAGCGUCUCGCCAUGGCGGUCGAUCCGAGCCCUAACAGCUCCGCCGGCGGGGAGCAAGCCGCCCCCAAGCCCCCCUUCAAAGACCCCAAGAAGAAGAAGGACGAGAAGAAAGAAGAAGAUCUGUCGGAGGAGGAUUUGGCGUUCAAGCAGCAGCUCGAGCUUUACGUUGAGAGGGUUCAGGAUGCCGAUCCCGGUGUCCAGAAGUUCGCCCUCGAGAGCAUGAGGAAGGAGAUUCGUACGGCAACAAGCUCCAUGACGUCUGUCCCGAAGCCUCUAAAGUUCCUUCGACCUCAUUAUGGAACUCUAAAAGCAUACUUUGAGACGAUGCUAGAUUCUGACCUGAAGAAGUACCUAGCAGACAUUCUUUCUGUCUUGGCCUUAACGAUGUCUGCUGAAGGGGAAAGGGAGAGCCUGAAGUACCGGUUGUUAGGAUCUGAGGAGGAUAUUGGUUCUUGGGGCCAUGAAUAUGUAAGAAACCUGGCUGGUGAAAUUUCACAAGAGUUUGCAAAACGCCAGUACGAUGACAUGCCCUUAGAUGCUCUAAUGGAACUCGUUCAACAAAUUGUUGCAUUUCACAUGAAGCAUAAUGCUGAGCCGGAAGCUGUAGAUCUUCUGAUGGAGGUUGAAGAUCUUGAUCUGUUGAUUGAGCAUGUUGAUGCUACAAAUUACAAGAGGGCAUGCUUGUACCUUACCAGUUCUUCUAGCUAUCUCCCAAGUCCUGAUGAUGUAUUGGCGUUGGAUAUAGCGUAUACGAUUUAUAUGAAGUUUGAAGACUAUGCAAGUGCCUUACGAAUUGCACUCUUUAUUGAUAACAUUCAGUAUGUGAAACAAGUCUACACAUCGACAGAGGAUCUGUUGUUGAAGAAGCAAUUUUCUUAUAUUAUUGCUCGCCAUGGAUUAGCACUGGAGCUUGAUGAUGAUAUAGCUGCAGAUGAUGAUGAUAAAGAGGCCUUGCAAGAUAUAGUCAACAAUGUUAAACUAGGUGAAGGAUACCUUACUCUUGCUCGUGAUGUUGAGGUCAUGGAACCCAAAUCUCCAGAAGACAUCUAUAAGGCACACUUGAUUGAUGGCCGAGCAAGUGCAAGUUCCAGUCUUGAUUCAGCUCGACAAAAUUUGGCGGCUACUUUCGUGAAUGCAUUUGUGAAUGCUGGCUUUGGUCAGGAUAAAUUGAUGACUGUCCCAUCAGAAUCUACAAGCGGUGGAUCUUCGGGUAGCUGGUUGUUUAAGAACAAGGAGCAUGGAAAGGCCAGUGCGGCAGCCAGCUUGGGGAUGAUUCUUUUGUGGGAUGUGGACAAUGGACUUGCUCAAAUUGAUAAAUAUCUGCACAGCAAUGACAACCAUGUUGUUGCGGGAGCUUUGCUAGGUGUUGGGAUCGUCAACUGUGGUGUAAAGAAUGACUGUGACCCUGUGAGUUGUCUUUUGCGUGUUCCCACAGGAGCGGUGAUAUCCUUGUUUGGUUGCACUUUAUCUCAUAUGGAAUUUUGCUAUUUAUUUAUCUUUUUCCAGGCUUUGGCACUUCUUAUUGACUUUGUUAAUAAAGAGGACACUAUCAUUCGAAUUGGGGCAAUUUUGGGCCUUGGCAUUGCAUAUGCUGGUUCGCACAAAGAUGAGCUUAAAGUUCGCCUGUCCCUUAUAUUGGGAGACCCAAAAACGCCUCUUGAAGUUCUUGUAUUUUCUGCCAUCACCCUGGGGUUGGUGUACGUUGGUUCUUGUAAUGAAGAAAUUGCUCAAUCUAUUAUCUUUGCCUUAAUGGACCGUAGUGACACUGAACUGAAUGAACCGCUCAUCCGCUUGCUCCCUGUAGCCCUUGGCCUUCUUUACCUUGGAAAGCAGGAUAGUGUCGAAGCUACUGCAGAGGUUUCCAAGACAUUUAAUGAAAAAAUUAGAAAAUAUUGUGAUGUCACACUCUUGUCUUUGGCAUAUGCUGGAACAGGAAACGUGCUUAAGGUCCAGAAGCUUUUGGGGAUCUGUGCUCAACAUCUAGAUAAGGGUGAGACUCAUCAGGGACCUGCUGUCCUUGGAAUUGCUCUAAUUGCAAUGGCUGAAGAAUUGGGUCUUGAUAUGGCUAUCCGGUCUCUGGAGCACCUCUUGCAAUAUGGGGAGCAGAACAUUAGACGAGCAGUACCUCUGGCUCUUGGAAUACUAUGCAUAUCCAAUCCAAAGGUCAAUGUCAUGGACACGCUAAGCAGACUCAGUCAUGAUACAGAUGGCGAUGUGUCUAUGGCAGCAAUUAUCUCCUUGGGUUUGAUAGGUGCGGGCACCAAUAAUGCUAGAAUAGCUGGCAUGCUUCGUAACCUUUCAAGUUAUUACUACAAAGAAGCUGGGCACCUCUUCUGUGUGAGAAUUGCUCAAGGUCUUGUACACUUGGGCAAGGGUUUGCUAACUCUUUCACCUUACCACUCUGACCGGUUUUUAUUAUCUCCGAUGGCUCUUGCUGGACUCGUUACUGUGUUGCAUGCUUGUUUGGACAUGAAGUCUAUUAUCCUUGGGAAGUAUCACUACUUGCUUUAUGUCCUUGUCUUAGCCAUGCAGCCAAGGAUGCUAAUGACAGUGGAUGAAACUCUGAAGCCUCUCUCUGUUCCUGUAAGAGUGGGUCAGGCUGUUGAUGUGGUUGGGCAGGCGGGACGGCCGAAGACGAUUACUGGAUUUCAGACACAUUCUACUCCUGUCUUACUCGCUGCGGGUGAACGGGCUGAGCUGGCUACCGAGAAGUACAUUCCACUCACACGAGUAUUGGAAGGAUUUGUCAUCUUGAGAGAGAAUCCAGAUUACCGUGAUGAUCAUUAAGGACCUGCAACUACAGAUCCUGCAUGGCAGACUAGGUGAAGGAGGUGUGGGUACACCUGUGUUAAGAGGAACGACUUGUGUUUGAGAAACACUGGCUCAGACAGCUAUAACACAGUUCUAGUUUGAAGCCUGAGCACACAUGAGAAAGGGAUGCAGGGUCAGGGAUGGUUUGGUUGCAACUUUAUCCAGACUGGAGAGAAAUUUUCCUGAAGAUAAUUUAUUAUUUAACUUACCACUUGUCAAUCGAUUAUUUUUUCUAAUUAAAUAUCAGUUCUGUUCCUUGGAAAUUUUCUUUUCGAUCCUGUAUAAAUAUUGUUAGAAAUGGCUUAAAACCGAUAGUUUUUUUUUUAAUAGAAAUCUAGUCGUUCUGUUUCGCGUGCA